AUGGCCAUUCACGUGGACGGCCUGCUGGCCAUUGUCAUCUUCUACGUGUUGAUCUUAAUGGUGGGAAUCUGGGCGGCGUGGAAGAACAAGAGCUCCGGGAUCUCGCAGGGAACUGACCGCAGCGAGUCCAUCAUGGUCGGCGGCCGAGACAUCGGUCUGUUCGUGGGUGGAUUCACCAUGACCGCCACGUGGGUUGGAGGAGGAUACAUCAACGGCACCGCGGAGUCAGUGUAUCUGCCCGGAUCCGGCCUGGCUUGGGCUCAGGCACCGUUCGGUUACGCACUCAGUUUAGUAGUCGGUGGGUUGUUCUUUGCGAAGCCCAUGCGCUCUCGAGGCUACGUGACGAUGCUCGACCCGUUCCAGCAGCUCUAUGGCAAGAGAAUGGGAGGCCUGCUCUUCAUACCUGCUUUACUGGGAGAGAUCUUCUGGUCAGCCGCCAUUUUGUCAGCCUUGGGAGCAACACUGAGCGUGAUUGUGGACAUCAACAUCAGCAUGUCAGUGGUGAUUUCUGCCUUGAUUGCCAUCUUCUACACGCUGGUUGGGGGACUGUACUCGGUGGCGUACACAGAUGUCGUCCAGCUCUUCUGCAUUUUCAUAGGUUUGUGGAUAAGCGUGCCGUUUGCCCUGUCCAAUCCCGCUGUGUCAGACAUCGGCGUCACCGCAGUAAACACAGUGUUCCAGUCGCCGUGGCUGGGAGAGAUCGAUCCAUCUGAUGGCUGGAUGUGGGCUGAUAACUUCUGUCUUCUUAUGCUGGGUGGGAUCCCGUGGCAGGUGUACUUCCAGCGGGUCCUCUCCGCCUCCUCGGCCAGCUAUGCUCAGGUGCUGUCCUUCCUGGCUGCGUUAGGCUGUCUGGUCAUGGCCGUGCCAUCCGUCCUGAUCGGCGCUAUAGGAGCCUCCACAGACUGGAAUCAGACGUCGUACGGUCCGGUUCCCCCGGUGGAGAAGGACGAGUCGGACAUGAUCCUGCCCAUCGUCCUGCAGCAUCUCUGCCCUCCGUUCGUCUCUUUCUUUGGUUUGGGGGCGGUGUCGGCCGCUGUGAUGUCCUCCGCAGACUCCUCCAUCCUCUCAGCCAGCUCCAUGUUCGCACGGAAUAUUUACCAACUUGCUUUUCGGCAGUCGACGCGCCAGAAGGAGCAACGUCUCACGCGGGAGGUGGAGCGCUUCGUGGAGCAGAGGUUCCCCUAUAAGACGGUCUCCAUGCUGGCUUCGCUUCUGAGCAACGCUGCCUUCUCAUAUGCGGCCAAGUAUCUGUUUGAGAGCGGCAAGCUCUCGCCCAAGUAUGACUUCCUGGAUGCAGUGGUUUCCAGACACAGCAAAGAAACGAUGGACAAGACCACGCUCGUUGCCCACGACAAUAUCGUCCUGUCAGAGCUGGCUGCUGUUAAGCCGCGGCACGGAGGCUCUGUGGCAGGAACGUUUGUGAACGACGAGGGCGAGGUGAGCCCUGACUCCAGCACUGAGCACCAGUAG